CGCGUCGUCCCGCCAUCCGCGAACCAACCAAUUGCACGGAGGCCGCGUAGAAAAUUCGAAUAGCAACUCCUGGCUCCACGUUCCGCGCAGAGGAACGAGGCUCCAAAUUCAAAUCAACGCAGCCUCACGCCGGCGGCGAGCGCGAGGGGCGGAGCCUGCCCGGCGUGAGCGGAGACGCGCCGUGUGAUUGCCCGGGAGAGAGGAAGGCGCUCCAGUUCCGGGUCAGGCCCUUCUCCCGCCUCCCUCGGCCUUAGCCAUGGCGAGUAGCAGCGGCGCUGGGGGGGCGGCGGCGGCGGCCGCGGCGGCGAAUCUGAAUGCGGUGCGGGAGACCAUGGACGUUCUGCUUGAGAUUUCAAGAAUUUUGAAUACUGGCUUAGAUAUGGAAACUCUGUCUAUUUGUGUACGGCUUUGUGAACAAGGAAUUAACCCAGAAGCUUUAUCGUCGGUUAUUAAGGAGCUUCGCAAGGCUACUGAAGCACUAAAGGCUGCUGAAAAUAUGACAAGCUGACUUUCUGGAGAAAUUCUGAUGAGAUAUGUCAAGCUGUGCGAGAGGAUUUGAAGAUGGCAUUGUAGUUGAGAAUGUACAAUGAAAUUACUGCAUGCAGCAGUGUAGAAAAAUUUUCCUUUUUAAAAGAAUUAUAAAACCGUAGCUUUAUAAAUCAGUGGAAAGUGACUUACAGAGAGAACUAUCAGAUGUGUUUACAUCACAUCUUAUUCACUUUUUUUUAAUGGCUCUAAUGCUUUGGCAUUGCUAUGUUCAUAUUUAUAUAUUCCUUAUUUAUAGCUCUGAUGGCUUUAAUUUUCUAAGCAGUCUGUCUAUCAGAUGUGCACAUCUGCUGUGCCUGGUUGAAGUAUAGUAGAACCCAUCAGUAGUAAUGUGUAGUAGUUAUGACUUGUUGACAUUUCCAUUAUAAACUUUAAUUUUGAAUUGUUUAUGCAUUAUAACUGUGGAUUUAUAUUGUAUUGGGCUGAAAGCUGACAGGAUUUCAGCCACCAUUCGUGAAUUUUGAUUUAGAUUCAUUAUUAUAUCAGAAUCUUGUUUUUUAAAAUAAGAGCAUGGAAAACAUUUCUUGUAAUCUGCUCCUUAACAAAGAAUUUUUAGUUUUUUAAACAGUUUGUUGGGCAGCUAAUAAUGUGAACCAGGUCAUUUUUGUAUUGAGUAAAAAAUUAAACUUUGAGAAACUUGGAUUUUAAAAGUAAUGACAAUGCUUAGGUUAGUAUUUGUAAUUUGAGUCAUUUACAUCUAAUGAGAAUGUUAGUUGAGAAUGUUUUCUUAAAGUUUUAUACCCUAUAGAGGACUAAAAAAAUAACUUGUAAAAUGAAACAUAGCAAACAUGCAAAAUUCCUAGUUACUUUUAUUACAUAAAAGUCAUUUUAGUGCUUACCUAAUAAAUCUUGAAUGGUUAUUUAAUAAAUUAUUAGAUGGGUGAUGUGUUUCAAAAGAUAUUUGCUAUUUUUUGAAGAAAUAAGGAUUUGCAGUCAUUAAACAAAACUAAACAAUCAAAUGUUCUGUAUUAGGAAUCUUAAGUAUGGGUUUUUGUUUGUCAUUAUUUUUGCCCUUAAAAUUUUAACUCAUCAAGUGAAGAUUCAAAAACAAAUUUUAUAAAAUGUAGAAUAGUAUUGAUUCUGUUCCUGUAACAGAAUCUCAGUGGAGUUUUUUUUGCAAAACUAAUAUGGAUUUAAUCUGAUGUUAUUAUUUCUUAAAUUUUAGAUUUUGUUGGGUACCAUUUAUAUGAUUGUACAAGCAUUCACUCUUUAGUAGCAUUUUUUGUUUUUCAGACAAGCUGAAGAGGUUUUAUUAAGAUUUAGUAAUACUUAAAUAGCAACCUUCUCUGCUAUUUUUUUUUUUAAUCUAGAAUUUUGACCAUUUUGACUCUUUAAAUGUCUGGCAUCUUUACCAAGUAAACUUGGAAGGUCUGUUACUGGUGAAACAGGUUGAGGAGACAGUAGGAAUUUGUAAAAAGUCGUUUGAUUGAUAAUAAACACUACAAAUACUAUGUGUUAUUUAUAAAAUCAUAAAUAAUACUUUUGUCAAACUCCAAAAUUUGUAUAUACUUCCAGACCAUAAGAGUUGAUAGUAUUAUUUAUGACUUUGUAGAUUAAGUUAUUUAUGAAUGAAACAAAGCAGGAAAAUACAUUGUGAAGGGAUCGUGUUUACAGAGGACUUCUUUAAUGUGUCACAUUUUAAAAAUGUAAACAUAUAUUUUUAAUGCACACUUAAGUAAUAUUUAAGAAACUAAACAAAAUAAUGAUACAAUUGCAGUGUUGUGCUUGUUGUCAGUGACAAAAAUAAAACCAUUUUGGUGGUAUUGGCCUGUA